AUACUUGAGGAAGCCUUGGCUGUCCCAUUAAUUCUGCAUAUAUAUAUAUAUAUAUAAAGCCAGCAAGGAUUGAGCUAUAUUUUCUCCACAGCACAGCUUUCUUUCUGUUUCUCUCUGAUCAGAGAUUGUGGCCGGCAAUGGCGGAAACCCUAGACGAAGAGCAGAUUGUUGAGUUUCAGGAAGCCUUCCGUCUCUUCGACAAAGAUGGAGAUGGUGCAGGUUGUAUUACAGUGGAGGAACUGGCGACAGUGAUAAGGUCGCUGGAUCAGAAUCCGACAGAAGAAGAGCUCCUCGACAUGAUGAACGAGUUCGAUUCCGACGGCAAUGGAACCAUCGAAUUCAACGAAUUCCUCAACCUCAUGGCCAACAAAAUCAAGGAAACUGAUGGAGAAGAAGAGCUUAAAGAGGCUUUCAAAGUAUUCGACAAGGAUCAAAAUGGAUACAUCUCAGCCACUGAGCUUCGUCACGUGAUGAUGAAUUUAGGGGAAAAAUUAACCGACGAGGAGGUGGAACAAAUGAUAGGAGAGGCAGAUUUGGAUGGCGAUGGCCAAGUGAAUUACGACGAAUUUGUGAAGAUGAUGGCGACCAUGGGAUAGCUCGAGAGGAUCACAACUUUGAAAAAUAACGAUUGCAGAUAUUCGUCUUAGAAUAAUUAAAACCCGGAAGAUAAUUAUUGAUUAAGAUUUAAGAUUGUCGAAAUUAAUUUCAUUUGUGUUUGCUUAGUUCUUGAAAAUGUUUUUAUCUAGUUUAUUUCAUUUCAUUAGUAUUGUUCAAUUUGUUACAGAAAUAGGUUGGGUUUAAUUAAUUGUUGAACAAAUAUUUUGUAUUCUUUUAUUAUUAUUAUUAUUUUUUGUCUCGAUUUAUUACAUU